GUUUGAUUGUGCCCUGCUCUCUUAUCGUACGACUGGUGGCCACCAGCCACAACGUGCUGCAUUGUGCUGCCCCUCGGUCAUGAUCACGCGCGGCCACUUCUGUGCUGCCCCCGCGCCGUCCUGCGCGGCGGUUUGGGCCCGAGCUGACUGGCUCCGUACCGCCGCAAACUGCAUACAUUGAUACGUACAUACCCGAUUCACCGGCUGGAGCUCCGAGUUCCUGGCAGGAUGGCCGCCACCCUCCGCCUCGCCGCCCUGGCGACGCUGCUCCCGCUGGCGGCGAGCCUCACCUUGGCGACGGAGGACUCCGAAAGCACGGCGCCCGCCAAGAAGACUCUGGUGGCCACAGUGCUGCAGCACACCCAGCCGGUGCCGGCGGACUUGAUGUUGAGCCACCAGCUCCGGAUGCUCAGCAGCUCGCGCAAGAACGUGGCGCAGGUGUCCAUCAUCAACGCGAAGGUGCCCGGGGUGGACAACGCCCUGGGUACGGCCCACGACCCAGUCGUCGCGCAGCUGAGGCGCAGCUAUGGCACCACGGGCUCUGUGCAGGUUGUCGACCUCGAGUCUAAUGAGACCCGGCAGCAGGAGCUGUUGCAGAAGGUUUUCUCCGUCCGCCAGGGCAGCACCGUCGCAUUUGCCAAGAAGUUCUUCAAGCAAGACCUCACGUCCUCGGACAUGAAGCGCCAGAUGGCCUACUUCACUGCGAUGGUGCAGUUCGUCGACCUCUGCAGCCAGGCUGAGUAUGGCGUGGAGAUCUGCGCUAACAUGGAGGGGGAAUCAUUCCUGCACAGGCAGGACAAGAAGGGAUUGAUCGAGCUGGCCAGCGAGCUGUUCGACGGAGACGAGGAGGUGAUUGCCCUGCAGCCCCCGUCCUACUGCGACUACACGCAGGCUCACCACAGGCCCGCGUGGGCGAAGAAGGACAAGUGGACCAACAGCAGCUUCACCAAGUGCGUCGCCAACGCGACCAAGGCCAAGCCCGAGGCCGGCCCUGCGAACAUGCUUUUCAACCGUCAGCGCCUGAUGGCUGCGCUGCCGCUGAGCGUAAAUGCGGAUGAGCUGGACCUUGCGAAGGGCUUCGACCACGCGUUCUUGUCGGGACUGUCGCGUGCUGGGGCCAUCAAGGGCAUGCAGUGUGGCCAUUCCUUCGUCAUCAGGCCGGCGGGAGAGGAGGCCAACUGCAAGGGCAAGAAGAUGCCGCUUAAGGUCCAGGCUCUCGCCGCCGGCAAGCUGGCUGACUCCGAUGCCUCCAGGUUCUCUGGGGAGUACGGGCUGUUCAACCAGAGGGUAGUCCAGGGGUUCGAGGUGCUGGCGGACCGCAUGGAGAGGGGGAUGAUUCCUGGCCCGGCUGGAGCCGUGGGAGACAAGUGCCUGGAGAUGUGCCCGUCCAACGAUCGCAUCAAAGCGGGCAUGGCGUGGUGAGCUGCCAGCCUCACGCGAGUCCCGAGCCUGAGGGGCCUGCGCAUCUUGAUGUGCGCUCUACGGAUCACAAAAAUAUCUCGGUCAGAUGGAGGAUUCUCGAUGCAACGAACGGCACGGUCUCUUGUGGAAAGGACGGUUGAUCGUGAUAGGGAGGCA